AUGGUGCAUCGCGACGCGUAUGGGCACGCUAGAGUGGACGGGGUAGCUCAUUGGCAAGGGUCCACGGCCGGGUCAAACCGUGCGGGAACUCAGGGCCAUGGGGGAGCGGAAGGCACGGAGCACGGUCACGAGGGGGGGCGUGACGGGGAGGUUGGGGGGGCCCACGUGCAGGAGUAUCUGUCGUCGCGUUACCACCGUCGCACAGUUUCGCAGCCCAACCUGGACGCGCUCUUUUCGCGACAGCUGCAGCAUCAGCAACAGCAGCAGCACCAACAGCAGCAGCAGCGACCGAGGGGAGUCGUUUCCAGUCCGCCGCACGAAGCGUCGUUGUUCCUGCGCCGUUCCACCACCUACACCACGCCGUUCCCCGUCUCGUCUGCUCCGCCCGCGCCUGCCGGCGCGGCUGCAGCGCUCGCGUCUGCGCUUGAGCGGGGCUCCAUUGCGCUUUCCCGCGCCCGCGAUCGCCUGCCGCCCCCGCUGAACCUUCCGCUUACACUCUCCGCGUCGUCGUACGUUCCCGCGUCCCCCGCGUCGUAUUCGCCCGGCGCCGUGUUAAAUGACGCGCGCGAGGGGAGAGUCCUCAGCAGCAGCCACGACGGGCGGAUGGGUAUGAGCGGGAGCAGCAGCGGCGGCAGGGGAACGCCGUUCACCGCUGCGGCAGUAGCGGCUUUGGUGGCGCGGGAAGGCCUGGGCGGACCGGCGGCGGGCGGAAGCUGCGGCGGAAGCCCGCGGUCGUUGAUAUCGCCGCAAGUGCAGCACAUGGCGGGAUCGCCCAAGUUCCAGGUGGUUUCCCCGCGAUUGCAGGGCGCCAUGCACCGGCUGCUCAUGGCGCAAUCCGACCUCACCCCGCGCCUCCCCGCCGACGCCAUCACCUCCGCAGUCGCCGGUCCAGUGAGCGCCAGCUGCGCGGGCGGCGGCGGGGGUGUGGGUGCGGACACGGGGACGAUUAGGACUGGCCGAUCGCCGUCGUCGCAGUUUUGGGAUCGCGCGGAGGGGGAACCGAUUUUCGACAAGGGCUCUGGGGGGCUUUUCAGCGGCAGGCGCAGGUCGGGCGGGCGCGGCGGAGCCGGGGGAGGCGGAGGGGGAAGCAAUGCAGGCGGCGCAGGGGCGUCCGCGGGCGCGUCUGACGCGGAAGCGGAUCAGUUUCCUCGGCACAGCAGAUCGCACUCGCACUCUUAUUUAAGCCCCUUCCGCAGCGCGCAGCCAUCCCCUUCCCCGCUUUCCCCCAUCUCCGCCCAGCAUGACCGCUCCCCGCCGACACCUCGCAAUCGCCACAAGCGCGGGCCAUCGGAAGCCUCCGUGCUGCCCAUUUCCGCCACAUACUUGCGCGCGACCCCGCCCGCGCUCUCCCCCGCUGGGUUGAUUUCCCCCGCGGCCGUAGGCGCAAGCUUGCGCCCGCGUUUCCUCUCGAGCGGGUCCCUCCCUUCCCCCGCCCUCUCCGCUACGGGUGUCGAGCUCUCCUUCCGCCGCACGCCCUCCCCCGCUCCUUCCCCCGCCUCCGCUGCUUCCGCGCUCUCAGCUCCUCUCCGCUCCCCGCCGGGACUCUCCGCGGCGUCAGGCGGAGCAGCAUCUGUCGGAUCUGGCGGAAGCCCCGCCGCGGGCGCCGCCGCCGCGACCGCGCAGGGCUUUCUGAAUCGAGACUUCUCGUUUGGGCGGCGCCCCGCGUCCGCUGGCGCGCGCACGAACUUCCUAGAGAGGUACGAGGCGGGGGGCGCAGGCGUGGGGGAUUCAGCGGGUGUUGGGGGAGGCGGAAGCAGCAGAGGGUGGGCGCCCGGGCGGGUGAUCGGGGGCGCGGGGAACGGGAGUCGGGGGAGGUGGAGUGAGAGCGAUGCAGGGUCGGAGGAGGGCGUGGGGGAGGCGGGGGGAAGGGCGGGGAGGGCAGGGGGAAGCGAAGGCGCGGCCCGGGUGCGUAAAGAGGGAGUUGCAGGGGAGGAGAGACGCGAAGGGGUGGAUGAGAAGCAAGCGACGGGAGGGAAGAGAGGGAGUGGGAAGGGGGUUGGUGGCGAGAGUGAUGGCGGCAGGGCGAGUGACGGCAAUAGCAGCAGCACUGGGACCCCUGCAGGCGGCGAGGAGGAGCGAGGGCUGCUGGGCCACGGGCUCACGGACCUCAAGCGCCGCUACGACGUGGGCGAGCGCAUCGGCGAGGGGCGCAGCGGCGUCGUGGUGCGCGCGGUCGUGGAGCGGCGCACGCGGCAGCGGUUCGCGUGCAAGUCGAUUGCCAAGAGCACGCUGGGGGACGCGAAGAAGGUGGAGGCGCUGCUGGUGGAGGUGGAUGUGAUGCAGCGCGUCAAGGGCCACCCCCACAUCGUGUCCCUGCAUGAGGCUCUCGAGGAUGCACAGGACGUGCACCUGGUGAUGGAGAUGUGCUCUGGCGGCGACCUGCUGUCGCACAUCAACAGCGCGCCGCACAUCUCGGAACGUCAGGCGGCGUGUGUGACGCACAGCAUCGCGAGCGCGGUGGCGCUGUGUCACAGCCACGGCGUGUGCCACCGCGACCUCAAGCCCGAGAACGUUCUGCUCGCCUCCAAGGCCGGACCCCUGGGCGACCUGCGCGUCGCUGACUUUGGCAUCUCCACCUUUGUGCAGCCCGGGCAGCGCAUGCGGGGGUACGCAGGGAGUCCGUUCUACAUCGCCCCGGAGGUGCUGGAGGGGAGGUACGGGCUGGAGGUGGACGUGUGGAGCAUGGGCGUGAUCCUGUACACGCUGCUGUCGCAGCGUCUGCCAUUCUGGCACAGCACCGACAUCGGCGUGUACCAGGCGAUCCUCAGAGGCACUGUGGACACGCAGUCGGGCGCGUGGGUGCACGUGAGCCGCGAGGCGGCGGGGCUCGUACGGCGCAUGCUAUGCCUGGACGUGCAGGAGAGGAUCACGGUGCAGGGGGUUCUUGAGCACCCAUGGGUACUGCAGCACGUGAACGACACGACGCCCCUCCCGCAGCCCGCACCCGACCUGCCCAACUGGAAGCUCAGCAAGCGCCGCCGCGCCAUCGCCCGCUCCCGCGCGCGCAUCACCCCCUCCUUCCGCCUCCCCUCCUGCCUCACCCCUGUCGCCGACGGCGCCAUCAGCAGCAGCAACGGCGGCAGCGUGAGGAGAGGCGGCGGAGGCGCGCUGAGCAGCAGGCGGGAGGGUGACUAUUCCCCGCGUGACAACAACGGGGGUGGGUACUAUGAGGAGGAUGAGGAGGAGGCAGUGGUGACGGGGUUCAUACUGGCAGCGCCCCCAGGCGCCACGCCCACGGUGCCCCCAGCACUGAAUAAGGGCGAGGAGUUCCCCCAGCUCUCCGCCGCCCCUCGCAUGCAGCCCCUCGCGCUGCUCUCCCCCUCCCCACUCCCUGCUGCUCCCGCCGGCAAGCGCGUGGGGCAUCUGAAGCAACAGCUAUGCACAGCCAUCGAACGACCUGAAAGAGCAGCAAAUCCAGCAGCAGCAGCAGCAGCAGCAGCAGCAGCAGCAGCAGCAGCAGCAGCAGCAGCAGCAGCAGCAGCAGCAGCAGCAGCAGCAGCAGCAGCAGCAGCAGCAGCAGCAGCAGCAGCAGCAGCAGCAGCAGCAGCAGCAGCAGCAGCAGCAGCAGCAGCAGCAGCAGCAGCAGCAGCAGCAGCAGCAGCAGCAGCAGCAGCAGCAGCAGCAGCAGCAGCAGCAGCAGCAGCAGCAGCAGCAGCAGCAGCAGCAGCAGCAGCAGCAGCAGCAGCAGCAGCAGCAGCAGCAGCAGCAGCAGCAGCAGCAGCAGCAGCAGCAGCAGCAGCAGCAGCAGCAGCAGCAGCAGCAGCAGCAGCAGCAGCAGCAGCAGCAGCAGCAGCAGCAGCAGCAGCAGCAGCAGCAGCAGCAGCAGCAGCAGCAGCAGCAGCAGCAGCAGCAGCAGCAGCAGCAGCAGCAGCAGCAGCAGCAGCAGCAGCAGCAGCAGCAGCAGCAGCAGCAGCAGCAGCAGCAGCAGCAGCAGCAGCAGCAGCAGCAGCAGCAGCAGCAGCAGCAGCAGCAGCAGCAGCAGCAGCAGCAGCAGCAGCAGCAGCAGCAGCAGCAGCAGCAGCAGCAGCAGCAGCAGCAGCAGCAGCAGCAGCAGCAGCAGCAGCAGCAGCAGCAGCAGCAGCAGCAGCAGCAGCAGCAGCAGCAGCAGCAGCAGCAGCAGCAGCAGCAGCAGCAGCAGCAGCAGCAGCAGCAGCAGCAGCAGCAGCAGCAGCAGCAGCAGCAGCAGCAGCAGCAGCAGCAGCAGCAGCAGCAGCAGCAGCAGCAGCAGCAGCAGCAGCAGCAGCAGCAGCAGCAGCAGCAGCAGCAGCAGCAGCAGCAGCAGCAGCAGCAGCAGCAGCAGCAGCAGCAGCAGCAGCAGCAGCAGCAGCAGCAGCAGCAGCAGCAGCAGCAGCAGCAGCAGCAGCAGCAGCAGCAGCAGCAGCAGCAGCAGCAGCAGCAGCAGCAGCAGCAGCAGCAGCAGCAGCAGCAGCAGCAGCAGCAGCAGCAGCAGCAGCAGCAGCAGCAGCAGCAGCAGCAGCAGCAGCAGCAGCAGCAGCAGCAGCAGCAGCAGCAGCAGCAGCAGCAGCAGCAGCAGCAGCAGCAGCAGCAGCAGCAGCAGCAGCAGCAGCAGCAGCAGCAGCAGCAGCAGCAGCAGCAGCAGCAGCAGCAGCAGCAGCAGCAGCAGCAGCAGCAGCAGCAGCAGCAGCAGCAGCAGCAGCAGCAGCAGCAGCAGCAGCAGCAGCAGCAGCAGCAGCAGCAGCAGCAGCAGCAGCAGCAGCAGCAGCAGCAGCAGCAGCAGCAGCAGCAGCAGCAGCAGCAGCAGCAGCAGCAGCAGCAGCAGCAGCAGCAGCAGCAGCAGCAGCAGCAGCAGCAGCAGCAGCAGCAGCAGCAGCAGCAGCAGCAGCAGCAGCAGCAGCAGCAGCAGCAGCAGCAGCAGCAGCAGCAGCAGCAGCAGCAGCAGCAGCAGCAGCAGCAGCAGCAGCAGCAGCAGCAGCAGCAGCAGCAGCAGCAGCAGCAGCAGCAGCAGCAGCAGCAGCAGCAGCAGCAGCAGCAGCAGCAGCAGCAGCAGCAGCAGCAGCAGCAGCAGCAGCAGCAGCAGCAGCAGCAGCAGCAGCAGCAGCAGCAGCAGCAGCAGCAGCAGCAGCAGCAGCAGCAGCAGCAGCAGCAGCAGCAGCAGCAGCAGCAGCAGCAGCAGCAGCAGCAGCAGCAGCAGCAGCAGCAGCAGCAGCAGCAGCAGCAGCAGCAGCAGCAGCAGCAGCAGCAGCAGCAGCAGCAGCAGCAGCAGCAGCAGCAGCAGCAGCAGCAGCAGCAGCAGCAGCAGCAGCAGCAGCAGCAGCAGCAGCAGCAGCAGCAGCAGCAGCAGCAGCAGCAGCAGCAGCAGCAGCAGCAGCAGCAGCAGCAGCAGCAGCAGCAGCAGCAGCAGCAGCAGCAGCAGCAGCAGCAGCAGCAGCAGCAGCAGCAGCAGCAGCAGCAGCAGCAGCAGCAGCAGCAGCAGCAGCAGCAGCAGCAGCAGCAGCAGCAGCAGCAGCAGCAGCAGCAGCAGCAGCAGCAGCAGCAGCAGCAGCAGCAGCAGCAGCAGCAGCAGCAGCAGCAGCAGCAGCAGCAGCAGCAGCAGCAGCAGCAGCAGCAGCAGCAGCAGCAGCAGCAGCAGCAGCAGCAGCAGCAGCAGCAGCAGCAGCAGCAGCAGCAGCAGCAGCAGCAGCAGCAGCAGCAGCAGCAGCAGCAGCAGCAGCAGCAGCAGCAGCAGCAGCAGCAGCAGCAGCAGCAGCAGCAGCAGCAGCAGCAGCAGCAGCAGCAGCAGCAGCAGCAGCAGCAGCAGCAGCAGCAGCAGCAGCAGCAGCAGCAGCAGCAGCAGCAGCAGCAGCAGCAGCAGCAGCAGCAGCAGCAGCAGCAGCAGCAGCAGCAGCAGCAGCAGCAGCAGCAGCAGCAGCAGCAGCAGCAGCAGCAGCAGCAGCAGCAGCAGCAGCAGCAGCAGCAGCAGCAGCAGCAGCAGCAGCAGCAGCAGCAGCAGCAGCAGCAGCAGCAGCAGCAGCAGCAGCAGCAGCAGCAGCAGCAGCAGCAGCAGCAGCAGCAGCAGCAGCAGCAGCAGCAGCAGCAGCAGCAGCAGCAGCAGCAGCAGCAGCAGCAGCAGCAGCAGCAGCAGCAGCAGCAGCAGCAGCAGCAGCAGCAGCAGCAGCAGCAGCAGCAGCAGCAGCAGCAGCAGCAGCAGCAGCAGCAGCAGCAGCAGCAGCAGCAGCAGCAGCAGCAGCAGCAGCAGCAGCAGCAGCAGCAGCAGCAGCAGCAGCAGCAGCAGCAGCAGCAGCAGCAGCAGCAGCAGCAGCAGCAGCAGCAGCAGCAGCAGCAGCAGCAGCAGCAGCAGCAGCAGCAGCAGCAGCAGCAGCAGCAGCAGCAGCAGCAGCAGCAGCAGCAGCAGCAGCAGCAGCAGCAGCAGCAGCAGCAGCAGCAGCAGCAGCAGCAGCAGCAGCAGCAGCAGCAGCAGCAGCAGCAGCAGCAGCAGCAGCAGCAGCAGCAGCAGCAGCAGCAGCAGCAGCAGCAGCAGCAGCAGCAGCAGCAGCAGCAGCAGCAGCAGCAGCAGCAGCAGCAGCAGCAGCAGCAGCAGCAGCAGCAGCAGCAGCAGCAGCAGCAGCAGCAGCAGCAGCAGCAGCAGCAGCAGCAGCAGCAGCAGCAGCAGCAGCAGCAGCAGCAGCAGCAGCAGCAGCAGCAGCAGCAGCAGCAGCAGCAGCAGCAGCAGCAGCAGCAGCAGCAGCAGCAGCAGCAGCAGCAGCAGCAGCAGCAGCAGCAGCAGCAGCAGCAGCAGCAGCAGCAGCAGCAGCAGCAGCAGCAGCAGCAGCAGCAGCAGCAGCAGCAGCAGCAGCAGCAGCAGCAGCAGCAGCAGCAGCAGCAGCAGCAGCAGCAGCAGCAGCAGCAGCAGCAGCAGCAGCAGCAGCAGCAGCAGCAGCAGCAGCAGCAGCAGCAGCAGCAGUAGCAGCAGCAGCAAUCUGCCGGAGCCUCUGCUUAAAGCGAACGUUUAGGACGAGAGCAGCGGCGAAUUCUAGGGCUCGGCGGCGUUGGCGUCGUCGCGCGUGGCGGGGCUGCGGAAGGAGAGGAGCGGCUUGCCCGUGUAGAGCACGUUGCGACGCGCCAUGGCGUUGA